GCGUCGCCUCGGCUCGACGCCUUCACGCGCUCUCAUAGACGCGGAAUCACGUAUUCAACUUGCGUGCGCUGGCGUGUGACCUUGAAAACCUGUACUUAAUAUACCUUGCUGAUUAUUAAAUGUACCAACAGUAUAAAACUAAUGGUUCUCAUAGUGAUGAUUCUUCUUGAUUAAAAUAUAUAUAAUUAUUUAUUGAUGAAGCAUUUUAACUUACGUUACACAAAUAGGUUGCAAAAAAAUUUCAAAAUUGAAACUGUACAUCUGGUAUGCUCAUAUAAAAUAUUUAAACCCAACAAAAGUUCGCGCUGAUGAACAACGUGAUAUAAAAGGUGCCGCUAGAUGUCGUGGGAGCCUCUGCCUCUGCUGGCCUGGUUGUUUGUCGUCUAUGUCCACGCUUAUUCAAACACGCUCGGAUCUCAGAGGAACAAUCACCGCAACGUCUCCGAGCUACUGGACAAUCUGCUCAGGGGCUACGACAACAGCGUGCGUCCUGGUCUGGGAGGUCCUCCCGCCGUAGUGGAGGUAGAUAUCAUGGUGCGCAGCAUGGGGCCUAUUUCCGAGGUUGAUAUGACGUACUCGAUGGACUGUUACUUCCGCCAGACAUGGGUGGAUCGGCGCCUCGCCUUCCUGUCAGACAAGGACACCUUGGCUCUCAGUAUUACCAUGCUGGAGAGGAUUUGGAAGCCCGACACUUACUUCUACAACGGCAAGCAAUCCUACCUACACACCAUCACUACGCCUAACAAGUUUGUGCGUCUCUAUCAGGACGGCCGGGUCCUUUAUUCCUCCAGGUUGACGAUAAAAGCUGGUUGCCCUAUGAACCUCGAGAACUUCCCUAUGGACACACAACGGUGCCCUCUGAAGUUUGGUAGCUUUGGUUACACGGUGAAUGACGUACUCUACGUGUGGAACGGCAAGCGGCAAGUGGCUAUCGCAGACGACAUGAAACUCUCCCAGUUCGACUUGAUCGCCACCCCAGCCGCCAAUCAGACGGACAUGCUUAAGUCGGGAGAAUACUCCAUGCUCUUGGUCAGCUUUCACCUACAACGGCACAUGGGUAACUUUCUGAUACAAGUGUAUGGACCUUGUGUCCUACUUGUCGUUCUGUCCUGGGUGUCUUUUUGGCUUAACCGUGAAGCCACAGCUGACAGAGUGUCACUGGGCAUCACGACCGUAUUGACGAUGACGUUUCUGGGAUUGGAGUCUCGAACUGAUCUGCCUAAAGUUCCUUAUCCAACAGCUCUCGACUUUUUUGUCUUCCUCUCAUUCGGCUUUAUCUUCGCCACCAUCAUACAGUUUGCCUUAGUACACUACUUCACCAAGUACGGUAGUGGAGAGUGCUACUUCAGCGCCGAUUUCAGCUCGGACUCGGACUCUGACGAAGACGACUGGAGUUCUCGCAGAACCAUAGAGCCUUUGGAAGGUCCUGGAAGAAGAAAGUCCAGUACCUGCGCAGGCGUAGUCCCUCGCCGUAGCGUCACCAUCAAUGGUAACACUCGACUGGUGGAGGUAAUACCUCUAUCAGCGUGCACCAUAUCUUCUAUAAGCGGGCGAGGACAGCAAGAAUCCUGGACCAGUGGCUUGCCUUCCUGUCUUGGCUGUGGGAAAGCCAGUGUACACCAGUCUCCGGGACGUGAAACACCCUACCUGCCGCCCAGCCAGGCCGCCCGACCGUCACUUACCUUCCACCCCCGCAGUCAUCGGCGCAAGAAGCGGACUCCUAGAUUCAACUCGGUCUCCAAAAUAGAUCGAAUAUCCAGAGUGUUCUUUCCGCUGUGCUUUUUGGCCAUCAACAUGAGUUACUGGUACGCGUACCUCAGCCGCAGUGAGAGAAUCCAACGGCGAACAGACCUUCCCGCUUAGAGUCGUGUCAAGUCGGCAAGCAAGACCACUUACUGUACACGUAGUAUCUUGAGUGUCAUUGCUGUAAGAUGACUGUUUAGGCAUACAGUAACCGAUCUUACCCCACAAGAUUCGAUGAAGGUCGUAAUAUUAUAAGUAAACUUACACAAUGUUUUGAUAUCCAAUGUUUUUGAGGGUCAUAACUGUGAAAAAAUGUCAGCAAUCCCACUUAUCAUCAUAAAAAUUAAAUUUUGCUUAAGGUAACAAAUAAUUACGUGCAACAUCGGUAUUGUUCUGGAAUAUUAUAAGAAAUCUAAGCAAAUAAGUUUGUUUUCCAAACAUAGUUCUCUACGUUUUCUAGUAUAACUUCUUAAUGAAUUAAACCUGAUCCGUACUCUUCAAGCUUUGAAAAGAAAUUUCAACAGAUUGUUUUACCAGCAUUAUGUUAAAAUUUAUUACGUAAAAUAAUCUUUCUACACCGUGAUACAACAGAAAUAAACUUGUAUUAACAAACAAAUUAAGAUCUGUAAAUGGAUAAUAAACAGUAUAUUUAAUUUGA